GCGACAACGCGCAGUCUGUACGGACUGUGUGGCGGACGGUUUACGGUGGUGCGCGCCGCCGUCACAUCUUAGAUCUGUGAAAAAUCACUGAAAACAAAACUCACACAAAAACAAUUCACCAAUUCAACAAACCAAACCUGCUUCGGUUGUAAAAAGGGUGCGUGCGUGUGGUGUGAUGAAAAUGUGGAGCACACACAUCGCGCAAGAUGUGUAAAGAUACGGAAAACGUGCGCGUUGCUAUAGAUAAGACAGAAAUUUAAUUGUUAGUUGUUAGUUAGGCGUAUUUGGUGUUAAAUAUUAAGGAUAUGUGUCGAGGGACUUGUUUUGCGCGGUUUUGAGACGGUGGCAUGGCCGUCAAUGGAAAGAAAUUAUUAUUAGGUAAAGGUAAAGUGCGUGGGGUUCGUAGAGGUUGAUUUCUGGACGUUAACGCAGGUGUGCUAAGAAAGGUGCAAGCCGCAGCGCGACGCUGAAAGGAAAAUGCAUUUACAUUUCGAGCGAACCUUGAACGCGAAAAGCGACUGCUCGAUAUUGUCGCUCACAUGGAUGGGAAAGGUGCCAGAUGAACUUCCAGAAGACGAAGGGUGGAAGCUGAAUCGCACGAAUUACUAUCAGGAGGGAUGGCUGGCGACCGGAAACAUUCGCGGCAUCGUCGGCGUCACGUUCACCACCAGCCAUUGCAAGAAAAACGUCGAGUUUCCCCUACGUACGAAUUACAAUCUACGCGGACAUCGAUCCGAAGUUAUUCUUGUGAAAUGGAAUGAACCUUAUCAAAAACUAGCGUCGUGCGACAGCUCAGGGAUCAUUUUCGUCUGGAUAAAAUACGAAGGACGUUGGUCCAUUGAGUUGAUCAACGAUAGGAACACCCCAGUGACGCAUUUCUCAUGGUCCCACGACGGUCGCAUGGCCUUGAUAUGCUAUCAGGACGGUUUUGUCUUGGUGGGAUCUGUAGCAGGCCAACGUUAUUGGUCCUCAAUGUUAAACUUGGAAGCAACUAUAACCUGCGGUAUUUGGACCCCGGAUGACCAACAAGUCUAUUUUGGUACCACUAGUGGUCAGAUAAUUGUAAUGGAUGUUCAUGGGGCAAUGGUUUCACAAGUUCAAUUAAGUUCGGAUGUGGGUAUUGUUUCAAUGGCGUGGUCCUGUGAGAAAUUCAAAAUGGAGGAGGGUGAUGAGAAUGACCCAGGGGUUACUAAUGCAGCGGAGAGGAAAUUUGUCUUGGCUGUCAGUUUACAAAAUGGGUUCAUCUAUCUGCUAAAGACUUUUGAUGAUGUUUCUCCAAUCCAAAUGGAUACCAAGCUCCAGGGACCAGUUUGUAUGGAAUGGAGUAAUUCCAGGGAGUUGUUAGCUGUUGCUGGUGUUACACUUGGUAGUAAAUCAUCACCAAAUCAGAAUCAGAAUGCGAAUCAAGGUCAAGGUCAAACACAACCCAAUCAGGAAUAUGCUAAUAUGUUGAAGUUUUAUAACGAGAAGGGUAUUCUUUUGUAUUGUAUUAGUAUACCUUACACCCAAGCCCCGGUAACGGCUUUAACUUGGGGUCACAAUGACAAACGUCUUUUCUUGGCUACUGGUACGCAGAUUCACAUUGCUUGGGUUUCGAGAAGAAUAGCAACCCUGCAAUUGCUUUGUCGACUGAGGAUCCAUGAUUCCAUUUUGGGUGAGGGCCAGAUUGUCGCGUUGCCACUGCCGCCGAGGAUACGAAAUCUCAUUGGGAAUCUAUUUGCUCAAACAAUUAGGUGUUGUGUGCCUGAACCGUCAGCACUGCGUGAGUUCGUCUCUCGACCACCCGUCGGGUCAGUACGACUUCAUUGUACAAUGAUCCGCCAUGACGAAGACAGCAACAUAUCUUCAGGCACCUGCUACACCCUGUAUCUGGAAUAUCUUGGGGGACUUGUCCCUUUACUCAAAGGCAAACGUACGAGUAAAAUACGACCGGAGUUUGUUAUUUUUGACCCGCAGGUUGAAGAUUUCAGUGCGAUUUCGUUGAAUCACUGGUCUUCCGAAUCGAAAAGUUCCGGUUCUUCAAGUCAAUCAACAAGUGGGGGUAAUUUGGCCAGCGAUUCGUCGGACAGCGAUCGGGACGAAGGAUGCACGAGCUCACCGCGUCUGCAACGCCGACGCAAACGGCGUAAUAAAUCACGCUCGCGGAACAAUUACGGCGACCGUUCGGGCCAGAGUUCCGGUGAUGCAGACCCUGAAGACCUCGCUUAUGUUGACACAUUACCGGAACAUGUGAGAUUAGUGGAAGUAACCUCAAAUAUAUGGGGCACCAAAUUUAAGAUUCAUGGGUUGGUCAAUUCCGUACCAGCUAAUUUGGGUCAAGUGACCUAUAAGACAUCUCUUCUACAUUUGCAACCUAGGCAGAUGACUUUGGUAAUGACUGAAUUACGAGAUGAUUUCCCAGUUGGUCCUGACCCUACCUUCAAUCCAAAUCUCUUCUCGGAAGAUGAAGAGGAAAUCUGUCAGGCUGAGGAGAAGGCUAGGUUACGGCGGGUGUCUAUUGAUAAUUGUCCACCAAUAGCGCCGAUGUCCCCACGCGGUAGUCGUUUUACAAAACCCACAAAAGGGACUUACUCAGGUGAUAAUACGUUAUCCUCGACGACACGUCCAGGCUCGGGCCCUAGUGCAGUGGUACCUGCUUUAGCGAAAGCCGAAUCAUACGAUGAUGAAAUUACAGAGGCUAGGUGUCUCUGCACCAAUGGGAGUAAUUCUAGUAGCAGUACAGAAUCCGUCCGAGAAGGAAUCAUCACCAGCCAGCCACUGCAUCACCAUCAUCAACUGCAACCGCUCAUCACUACUCAUCAACCACCGAAACAUCCUACAAGUAGUGCACAAAUAUCUACGACUAGUUUUGUUGGCCAGCUUAGAAACUGUAAUCUAACAAUGGCCCUGGGAACUAGUGGUAGUUGUACACAUUCCGGUCAAGUACAGAAUCAACGCCAUAUUGCAAUCUCGCCGCUUUGCUGUGACGGUGCAGUACCGGCUUUGCAAUCGCCAAAAAACGCCGUUGCACCUUCGGAUAUCAUAUUCGAACGGCCCUACAACAACGUGGACUAUAAUCCAUCCAGAAACGACUAUCAGUGUCCGACGAGAAACCUAACUCUGAAUUUAAACUCGGAGAAAAUUAAAAAUCAUUCGGGUAGACCACCAACUGGAAGUGGUUUACAAGUGGGGCGGGUUCACACAAGGAUAAGAACCGCCCAAGUCCAAACACCAUCGGUGCCACAAUCAACCCAAAUUCAGGGGCCUUCACAAGGAUUGAAAGAGAUCCUAUUCAUAGAUGAGGAGUCCAGCACGCCGGGACCUUCCACCACCACCACAACAAUUGCUAGCAGUAUUCCAAUAAGUAAUACCACCGUUGAUACUUUAAUCCGCACAGGACCAGGUUCAGUGUCAAAUUCAAACACAGCACUUGGUUCCGGACCUGCGCCGAUUGCCGACGCAAUGGUACGGAGUUGUAGUGUUGGGUAUUUGGAUUUAGUUGAUGCCCAAAUUGUUCCCAAUGAUGUAGCAUUACUAAUGCUUCGGAAAGAUGCUCCGAAACGUUUGGUACUCGUCAAUCGUAAACAUCGUCAUCAUAAGAAACAAACAAAGAAAUCCCAGCAGACGGAGUUGAGAGAAUGUCGCAUGAACAAAACCCCGAAUUUGAAGAACUGUGGGAAGUCUAAAUCGUUAGAUUCAAGCGACAUUUUCCCACCUAACAAUGACAUCAAAGUCCAGCACAAAACCAAGGAGAUUAUUCCUGAGGUAAUUGUUGAUACUAAGAAAUCAACAGCAGUUUCCGAAGAAUCUGUGCAGAUUACCAAUCUGGGGAAUUUAUCUACAGUUAACAAUAACAAUCUAAUUAAUACUAACAAUAAUAAUAAUAAUAACAAGAAGGAGCCUUCAAAGUUGAGUAUAUUUGUAAAGAGUCCAUUGUCACGAAGGAAGAAAGACACAUCUGAUACGGAAAAGAAUAAUAAAAGUCGUAGUAGAAGUAAACAGAAGAAGAAUGACAAGGGGGUAGACAGCCCAACGCACAAAAGUGGCAUGUCUUUGCAUACACACGCACUGGCAACGUUGGAGAAUUUACUAACAAGGUUAAGGGAGGAUGAUGGGAGGUCCACACCACCAAAUUCGCCUAGGUUACCAAGGAGUCAACCUGCAUCGCCUGCGCCUUCUAAAAAAGGUAAACGACCUCAAAGUGCAUCUCCAAUAAGAAAGAAUCUUCUUUCAUCGCCGUUAUUAGGUCGUAGAAAUCGGAAGAAUAAAAAUCUGGAAAGUUCGGAUGAUGAGGUGACUGCCUCUGGUGAUGAAGUUUGUAAUGGGACAAAUUAUAAAGAUUUAGAAACGUUCCAAAAGGCUCAGUUACGUCAAAAAUUAAAACGUGGUAAAAUUGAACCAAACGGAAGCAACUGCAACAAUCACGUGGUGCCUCAACGACGAGAGUUUGUAAUGCACAAUAAAGCGCCCAUGUGGAACGAAAACAGUCAAGUGUAUCAACUUGAUUUUGGCGGACGCGUAACCCAAGAGUCUGCUAAAAAUUUCCAAAUUGAAUUUCGUGGAAAACAGGUUAUGCAAUUUGGAAGAAUUGAUGGAAACGCUUACACAUUGGACUUUCAAUAUCCAUUCUCAGCCCUACAGGCAUUCGCAGUCGCGUUGGCAAACGUGACACAACGAUUAAAAUAAAAAACUUUCAUUUUACAGAAACAUCCAACCCCUAGUUGAACAUAUCGUAUCAUUAAUAUCGCUAACAACAUAAUUCAACACUACCCAAACGCAUACGAAACGUAACAUUUUAUUCGUUUAAUUUUUUUGGAAAAUAAAUAAGAAAAACGCUAAGACGGUGCCAAGAAAAUUGCUUAAAACUAAAUUUUACUCCCCCGGAUGAUAAGUACCUAUAGAGUUAAGAUUAAACGUAAACUAAACUCGUAAAUUUGUACUUAAAUCACUAUAACACUACAAAAUGGCGUUGACGCAAAUCUCGUUACACGAAUUUUUGCUACAAGUUCGUCAGAAAAGUUUUUAAUAAAGACAUAACCUUUUUAAAAGGUACGAUUAGCGCUUUAACAUAACCUAGGUUAAAAGAUUUUGAUAUUUUUUGAUUUUUUCAUGUUUUGAUAUUGGAUUCAAUUGUUUUCGAAAGACAUAACGAAUUGUAGGAAACCGAGUGAACGAUACGAACAUAUUUUAAUACUCAGAUGAACAAACCGUCCGCUUGGUGAACAAAAAACAAAUUUUUAACACAAAAUUGAUUAAAAUUAAACAAAAAAAGAUGGUGGAUGCUUCAGUAAUGUGUAAUGCUUUAAUUUGUCUUUAUUCACGACUAUAUUAAAUAUACUAUAUUAUAGUCGUGAAUAAAGUAUAGUAUUCUAUGCUAUCUAUAAUAAUUUUUGCUUCAAAGCCAAACCAAUUCUAAUUUUAACAUAAAAGACAUGCAAACUCGCCAGUUUUACUCAUUAUUACUAAUUUAUUAGCUUCAUCAACGUUGAAUAGUCUUAAUUGUUGAUUUAACUAAACUAACUUAACCUCAAACUCCUUGAGAUGUACAUCUAGUUCGAUUCUAUUAGAAAUUUGAAGUUUUUCGUUUUGAGAACCUAAGAAGAAAUUCUGUUAUACAAUGUAGCUCAAAUUUUGUUAACAAAACAAACACUAUUGUAAGAAUAAAAUCUUUGUAUGAUAUAAUUACCGAAGUGAAGGCGAUUACUGAAGUUUAAAUAGUCGUAAUGAUCGUCUACGUAAACAAGUUAGUAAUGUUAAGACGCAUUUUUAAUGAGAUUCAAAUCCAAACAGGAACGCUGUUUAAAAAUACUGUCUAAUCGGAGUACAACAAACUCGUAUUAUGAUUGAAAUGUGUAUUUUUAUUUGUUCAUUUUUCAAGAAUAAACAACACAUUCAAACCAA